UUUAUGAAAUCUGUGGUUAACUACAUCUACAUCUACAUAAGCUGCUGAGACUAAGUCCUGGGAGAUUGGAGAAACCCGGCGCACUUUGAACUAUAGGAUUUAUCGAAUAUGACAUUUGGAUCUCUCUCUAAUUUUCGAAGGCGACCGGCGACAGCGACGUCUUCUCACGAUGGCCAAAAGGAAAGCCCCCAGCCAAUCAUUGAAAACCCGGCCGUCUUAAAGAGGGAAACUAGAGCACGUCGAGUUGCUAUCGGGAUAUCAUGCUUCUGCUAUAUAAUGGCCGUCAUCUUCUUGAUUCUGGUCGAGAUAGGAAAUACGAGAAAUGCCCCCCUCAUACGUGACAUGUAUUUCUUCAAACUUGAUCUUUCCGACAUUCUUCCCCAAUCAGCGCCGACAAGUUUGACUUUGCAAAACUCGAUCGCACGGACUUUAGGUCUACACGAUUUCUAUCAGGUUGGCCUCUGGAAUUUUUGCGAAGGAUAUAAUACCGAUGGAAUCACAUAUUGUUCAACCCCGACUACUCUCUAUUGGUUCAACCCAGUAGAGAUCCUACUUGGCGAAUUAUUUGCAGGAGCUUCUAUCGCGUUACCUGCCCAAGUGAAUGAAAUCUUGAAUAUCUUGCGCAUCGCUUCGAAUAUCAUGUUCGGAUUUUUCCUUACGGGGCUGCUUCUGAACUUUGUUCUGAUGUGCCUAGCCCCAGUUGUCGUGUUCUCGCGAUGGUGGAGCGGUCCUUUGGGUUUCCUCGCCUUACUUUCUACGCUGCUGGUCCUGAUCGCUAGCGCUCUUGGCACAGCUAUGUCUCUUAUUUUUAAAUACGCCUUGACAUCACAAACCGACCUAAAUGUCAAUGCUGAUGUCGGUCUGAAGAUGCUUGCAUUUAUGUGGAUAGCAACUGGAUUUACAUUGAUUUCCUUUAUUAUCCAUGCUGGCUUAUGCUGUUGCUGUACAUCGCGCCGGGACAUCCGUACUGGACGAAGGACUGCAAGGCAUGCCAACGAGGUUACCUCAAACGAGAAGAAAAGUAGGACGACAGCAGCUGCUUAGGGUUAAUAGUAGAGGCCUUUGAGCCACUGGUUAGAGAAGACAUUUCUA